GAUACAAAGCGUGAAAUGCUGAAACCUCCAGACAUAAUCGUGUUCAUUCCGUCCUCAUCCCCAGCCCCCCCAGCCCUGCAUCAAUGAAACUCAGUCCCAGGGCAUGGAGGGAGGGUCCCAGCCCAGGUGGGGGAGCUCCUGGCCAGCUCUGCCUUCUUCCUCCAACCCCAGCCUUGGGUCUAUGGCCCAGAAUGUAGGGUUUUUGUCAGCUUAGAGCCUUAACUCACAACCCACAGUUCCUAGCACAUUGUUUCCCUUUUUAUUCUGCCUUGGAGUUUGAAAAUGUCCAGUAGUGCUGGAUGGUUUUAUCAUUUAUCAUUACUACAACUUGCAGCUACAAAUCUCGUAAAACAAAUUCAUGUCCUACGCUCAGAUUUUGCUCCUCUAAAAAUUCUGUUUGUAACAUUAAUUUAGAAGAAGGCUUCUAAGUUGUUCAGAAACAGUUCUGUACCCCCUUUAAUAAAGCUAUUUUUGAAAUGUAAUUUAACGCCUGCAAAUAAAUUGCUUGAAGGUUUAGUUCAUUGCUUGGAAAAGAAGUGUGAGAAGAAAAGUAUUUUUUUUUUAACAUUUUCUGAGCUGUGGCCAGCAACCCAUUCAUUCAGUUAAUAUUUAUCAUCCAUUAGUAUUUAUCAAUAUAAUAUAUGGUUAUAUUUAUCAUAUAUAUAUAUAUUUAUACCCUUGUAUUUGGUAUAUGUUAGUGUAUGUGCGUGCGCUAACACCAACCAGAAGUACAGCAAGAAGAUUGGUACCCUUGAAUUACAAGAUUAUUUUUUUCCCUGUGUAGCCUGUAAAACGAGGAUAUUGAAUUGAUAUUCGAUACUGAGCUACUUCUUAAACACUUGAUUUCCUUAUUGUAUUUAUUUAUGUUUAUAUUUUUAAAAUCCGAGAACUACAGAAAUAGUUCGUUUCUACUGAUCCUUCAGAUCAUGGCUUAAAUGUCCUCUCCCCAAGGAGGCCUUCCCUGUACCUACUUAAAUGGGUGUCACUGGUGUGUUCACCAGGAGCCUCCUUGGUAGUUUUCACGUCACACGCGUGCACGCACACACACAUCUACUUGUGCUGUGUCCUCUUCCCCAUAGACCGUCUUCAGGGUCCCCGUCUUUCUUGUCUCCUCCUCCCUGUACUGUGCUGGCCAUCCUAGGUGGCUCUGAUGCUCUGUGUCCUUCACAGGACCGUCUUGGAAGUUUUCAAGUGUUUACUGACUCAACCAAGAAAUCUUUUUUCCAUUACUAACUUACUGUCUUUUCAAAUUAUUGAAUACUUGUGUUUUCCCACUCCACCAAGCAGCCGGAAACAACCAAGAAUAGUGACUCUUUAUGUCCUCAAUGGCCCUUUCCUCUCUUGAUCUCCAUGUUAGUUUUCUUGUACGUGAAUGAAUACAUUGUGAGGGUAGCAGCUUUUAAUGCAUCCUUUGAAUUCAGGUAAUUUUGAGGUAAUUUUGAGAAACUAGUUAAGCCAGCCCCAGUGCGUUUGAUAUUUUAAUUUAUAGAAUGCUCUUUUGUCCUCCUCAUGACACUGCCAGAUUGGAGAAGGGUGCUGUCAUUCAAAACUAUUUAUCGGAGGGGCGCCUGGGUGGCUCAGUCAGUUAAGCGUCCGACUUCGGUUCAGGUCACGAUCUUGCAGUUUGUCAGUUCAAGCCCCACGUCGGGCUCUGUGCUGACAGCUCAGAGCCUGGAGCCUGCUUCAGAUUCUGUGUUUCCUUCUCUCUCUGCCCCUCCCCUGCUCAUGCUCUGUCUCUCUCUGUCUCAAAAAUAAAUAAAACAUUAAAAAAAAAUUAAAAAAAAACCUAUUUAUUGGACAGUUGUGAGAGUGGGAACAAGGAACUGGCAUCAGACAAGCUUUGGUCCCAACUGCUGGGCCAGGUGGGACCUUGCCAGCUGCCGUGUGCAAGGCGUGGCAUGGCUCUUCAGGGCCCACAGCAUGGCUGGGUGCUACCUGCCCUGUGGGCGUUUCUGGCUGGUGAGUCAGUCCUGGAGUUCUUCAGCAGCACUGAUCUAACCUACACAUUAAGAUUUAUUUUUAUAUUAUUUCAGUAGAAAAUUUUAUUAAUGUGGACUUUUCUUUUUGUAUAAAAAGUGUUGACACUAGAAUAUUUUCGGUUCCAAAUGUUGAUUAAUUUAGGGGGAAACCGAAGAGAUUUGAUGUCGCAUAACAAAUCUUUAUUUAAAUUCAGUAAAUUGAAGUGAAUCAUAACUAUAUUAAGCAAAAGCGAACAUUGCAGAAUAGGGUUUAUUUGAAAGACGGUUCAGAUGAAAAUUUCAGGGUGACCUGGAAAGAUGUCACGCUUCUGUACCACCUUAAGUUAAAACAAUGUGAUCAUUUGGAUGUCAUGUAGGAAACUUGGUACUGGUGGGUCCAGCAAUUCUGGCAAAUGUGGUGGGGGUCACAUUUGAUUAGGAAGUUGAUUUAUUCUGGAGGGUUUACGUAGCGUGAGAAUAUUAGAUUCAAAAAGAUCCUAGGAAUAUUAUAUUAGAUAUUUAAAAUUUUCAACAUGACUAUCUGUAAAAAUAUAUGUGACAUUUCGUGUUUUAGGACUAAAGUAAGCAUGUGGUGGUAAUGUAUAUUUGAUCAUGAGUUCAGGUGAGUAAGACUUCAGAGACACCCAACCAACCCAAACUCACCACUGCAUUAUAGCUCCAAGACAUGGUUUUGUUUCACACAAGAGUAGUUUUAACUGUUACCCAGUGGCAUGGGAUAGUCAUUUCACUGUUAACUAGCUCUUUUCCUUCUUGUUCAGAUCCAUUUGGGUAAUGCUUUUCUUUCUUUCUUUUUUAAAAAAUGUUUGUUUGUUUAUUUACUUAUUUAUUUUGAGAGAGAGAGAGAGAGAGAGAGAGAGCGAGCAAGCAGGGGAGGGGCAGAAGGAGAGGGAGAAAGAAUCGCAAGCCGGCUGUAUGCACAGAGCCUGCUGUGGGGUUUGAUCUUACGAACUGUGAGAUCAUGACCUGAGGGGAAAUCAAGAGUCAGAUGCUUAACCAGGUGCCCCUGGAUAUUGCUUUUCAAAAGUAAGCUAAAUAAUUCUAGUCAGUUCUCAUAUUAAAGUAGCUAGAAAGCAAGCAAAUAGUUAUAGUUAGUCAAAUGAUGGGAGAAGUUUAUUUUAGCCUAGCCAAUAUCUCAGUGUCUUCUUGAAAUCAGAAAUGGCCUUAGUUCAGCUAAAGACGUUAUUUUUGGUGUAUCUGGUCACGAAUGUCCUGUGCUAGUCUUAAGGGAAUAAAUAAACUCUGGGGAUGUCAGUGCUGAAAUUCAAAAUAGUGAAAAAAGAUGCUUGGUUUUAAAAAGGGACGAAUGCAUUCAUUAGGCCUUAUUGACAUUUUGGGAAUUUUGAGGCAUGUAUUUUACUUGUUGCUCAGAAAUUAGAUGAUCACCUAGGAUUUGAAUGUAUAGUUGUCUGAGUGGUCGAGAAUGCUGGGCAAGUCACCAAGGAGGGACCACUGGUCUUUGAGACCAGUUUCAGUCCUGCUGACUCUGACUCCUCUGGGCAAGUUGCUAAAUGUCUUUAUCUUAGUUCCUCAAUAGUCCAAGGAGAGAUUUGGAGCAUCGGAUAACCUUUUGAAGAUAAUUUGAGAGGUGCAUAUGGCAAAUCCACUUUUACAGUGUAAAUCUUGACUGAUUCUUACAUCAUGAGUCAGUGGGCAUGCCUUUGUUGAGGUCGUCACUUUCUGAUAAUAGACAUAGAUGUUAGGAAGAGGCAGACCACUUUGUCACUUGCUGAUGUGUAAUGUUGGGAAAUUGCUGAAUCUUUGUGUUUCAGUUUCCUCAUAUCUAUAAUGGAGGGGGAAAUGGAGAAGAAUAUUUAGACUUGUGAGGAAUAAAUGUAUAAUCACAGGAAUAAUUGAAUAAUAACUACUAAUAUGUAUUGAAUGUUUACUGUGUGGUAGAUCCUUUCUAAGUGCUGAAGAUACAAACCCAAAGAAGACACAUACCCAAAGAAAACAUUUCUAUCUUCAGAAAGCUGACAGUCAGGUGGGAGAGAGAGAGAAGGAAGCAAAGCCAGUGUAGGCUUGUGUUAUGAUGGGUGUCCUUAUAGUAUAGACCAGGGCUUGAGGAAGGUCACUUUCACUGGGAAGGGAAGGUACUUGGAAAGAUGCUUAGAGAAGUUUAACUCCCUAGAAAGCAGGUGCCUGCUGAGUGUGCCUAGCACCUUGCUAGCUGCUGGGGGUGGAGGGAGGCUACAGAUCUAAAUUUAGCAUGAUCUCUGCCCUCAAGUUUCGUGACCAAACUGUGAGUUGAGUGUAAACGGUAGGUGUCAAGACACGUGAACGGAGUCUUGAGGAUGAAGUGUCUGGCAGGACAUGAAGGGAGUGAGAGGGAAGGAGCCAAGGCACAGGAGAAAGCGGACCAGGGGGCGUGGUGUGCAAGUCCGCCCUUGCACCCUUGCGACGCAGAGGCAGGGUCUUAGCCAGGGAGGGCAGGCACGCCUGCUGAGCAAGGCUGGGCGGCAGGCCGACUCACACCCAAGGCCAGGUCAGAAGGAGCAGGUGGAAGAGGGAAUUUUGGGGUGGGGAGGAUGCUUUCAUGAACUUGAAUGGUAUCUGAUUGUUAAAUUAACUCAUUUCAUGAGUUUUGACUAUUUCUUCAUAAAAAUUACAACUUUUAAUUUCAUAGUCUUUGUUUCUCCACUAAACUUAAUACCAUAAAAUUUUUGAUUAAGGAAAAAGCUUUUUUUUUUUUAGUCAUUACAUUUGAAAACAUUUUUCUGCACCUGUGCUUUUAUUUAUUUUUUAAAUUUUUUUAAUGUUUAUUUUUGAGAGAGAGAGAGAGAGUGUGCCCGAGCAUGAGCGGGGGAGGGAGGGGGGGAGAGAGAGAGAGAGAGAGAGAGAGAGAGAGAAAGAGAGAAAGAGAGAAAGAGAGAAAGAGAGAGAGACAGAAUCGGAAGCAGGCCCCAGGCUCCAAGCUGUCAGCACAGAGCCCGACUGGGGGCUGGAACUCAACAGCUGUGAGAUCAUGACCUGAGCCGAAGUCGGACGCUUAACCGACUGAGCCACCCAGGUGCCCCUGCACCUGUGCUUUUAGAAAGUGAAAUAAACGCUGUGGAGAAUAUGUAGAAGUUGGCUUACGGUGGAGGUUCUUUUAUUCUUGCGAUGGUGAGAGUACUUCCACUUGUGCUUGCCUGGCGCUUUCCUGCCACAUUCACUAGAGAGGAGCACCAGCAGGGUGGUGACCCUGCAGAAUCUGGAAUGAAGUUUGUUGCUUGAUUUGCUUUUAAUUGAACUGAUGUGUUGAGAGCCUUGGCACCUACCUUCACCAGUUAGUAAAUGGACGUGGUAGCAGUUGCUGCUGGUGGCUGGUUUUGGUCUACCCCGUAAUGUAAAUGUAUCUCCCCAACAUUACAUGAUUAAAGUUGUAAUAUCUUUGUGUGCAUGUAUUAAUUUAGUAAUAAUAGGAAAGUUUUUACAUUCUUGUAGUAUUUCCCUGUCUCCAAAGUGUCUAUGUGUGGGACUAUGUACGUAUGAGACUCUUAGCUGCAAAUAGAAGUAAUUGGAGCAUAAUGUUUCAUAUUGAAGUGUUUUCUGUUUUAAGAUCUUUCUGAGAAGGAAAGCAUUUACUUUUCUGGUUCUGAUAAAUCCUUGUAGUUAUAAUGUAUGAGCGUGAUGUGCUUAGUAAGAAAGUUAUUCCGGAGUCUUCCCUUUCUGCUGUGGCAGAGUAACAGGGACCAGGUUUACUGUCCACCAGGACCUGGUACAGAAUUGACACCAGAAAGCUCAAUAAUUGCGAUUAAUAAAUAUUUUAGGGGCACCUGGCUGGCUCAGUCGGUGGGGCGUGUGACUCUUGAUCUUGGGGUUGUGAGUUUGAGCCCCACUUUGGUUGGAGAGAUUACUUAAAAAUAAAACCUUUAAGAAAAUAAACAGUUUAUUACAGUACUUUUAGAAAAUCAAAUUUGGUGCAAAUAGAUCAGUAAUGAAAAAAUCAACUUUUAAAUAUAGAUAGGAUCAGAAUUAAUGAUCUUUCCUUUUGCCUCAGCUCAGAUAUGACUCAGUUCAGCACUGCUCCUGGUACUAUCUUUAAAAUUUUACUAUUUUCUUCUUGUAGAUUUUUUUUUAUUAACUUUGGUUUUUACCUCUAAAACUGAAUUUUUUGGUACUCCUUUAAAAUUUACUUGAGUCAUGUGCCUUAUUCUCCUCAUCCUUGUCCCAAACCUGACUCUUUUCCUUAAACAACUUGAAAACCAGACAAAACAUAUGAAAUAACAGUUUCAGACAUUGGCCAGCAGACAGGUUAGGACCGUAUUCCCUAAAAUAAGGGAAAUGAGCCCUAUGAUUAUUCCAGCUUACUCUCUAGAGCAGGGCCCAUGAAAUUUUUCUGUAAAGGGCCAGACAGUAAAUAUCUUAGGCUUUUCAGACCGUAUGGUCUCUGUCAGAGUUACACACUCAACUCUGUGUCUGCUUUCAUACUAAGUAUGCAAAUGAAUGGGUGUGGAUGUGUUCCAAUAAAACUUUAUUUAUAAAAACUAGUAGUAGGUUAGAUUUGACCGCCAGGCAAAUCCUGGUCUCGAGAGUGUUUCCACACUGCAGGGUAGGAGAGAGAAGCCAGAACCCACUGGCUUUACUGAAGUGACAAACACCCAGCAUUUGGGAGAACAAAGCAGCUAGAGUUUGGGGGGCAAAGUAUCUAGGAGAGGAAGGGAGCUACUUAGAGAAUCCAGAGAUCUGUAGAAGGACCCCCUUGAGACUCUGGUUGAGUACUGACCAGCACAUACACGAGAGGAAACACAAAGCCAGGAAAAGAACCACCAGAAAGGAAUAGACUGAACAAUUUGUGGAUAUCCCACAGGGCUGAGACAGUUUGUGUUCCCACCACCUAGAGUAGUAUCGGAUCCUUGUAAGGCUUGUUUUUUAAUCUUUGUGAGGGUGGGUUCGGAGCAGCUUUUCCAUUUAGGGGAUCGGGUAGACUUCCCUCCCCUCACUAGUGGGGCUGGAUUAGCUCUAGACCAUAAAGGCCAUUGUAGACCUGCCCUAAAUGGUUCCAAAUAACGUUUCUCAGAACAAAGUCCUGCUGUAUUGAAAAGGACUUAAGGACUUAAUAGGGGUGCCUGGGUGGCUCAUUCAUUUGAACGUCUGACUCUUGAUUUCAUCUUGGGUCCUGAUCACAGGGCUGUGGGAUUGAGCCCUGUAUUGGGCUCCCACCCUGGGCAUGGGGCCUGCUUCCGAUUCUCAGGGCACCUGGGUGGCUGCCAGUUGAGCAUCUGACUCUUGAUUUUGGCUUGGGUUGUAGUCUCAUGGUUGGAGAUGGAGCCCCGCAUCGGGCUCCCUGCUAAAGCUGAGAUCGUGCUUGGGAUUCUCUCUCUCGGUCUUUUCCUCUGCUUGUGCUCUCUCUGUCUCUGUCUUUCUCUCUCUCUGUCUCUCUCAAAAAAAAAAAAAAAAAAAAAAUUCUCUCUCUCCCUCUGCCCUUCCCCCUGCUCGUGUUCUUUCUCUUUCUCUAAAUAUAUAUAUAAUAAAAUCUUGGGGCACCUGGGUGACUCAGUUGAUUAAGCAUCCAACUCUUGAUCUCAGCUAAGGUCUUGAUCUCAGGAUUGUGAAUUCAAGCCUCAUGUUGGGCCCCAUACUGGGUGUGGAGCCUACUUUAAAAGAAAAAGAAAGGGUAUAGUAAAUUCUAGCUCCCAAUAGUGUAAAAAAAAUUUGGGUGUCCAACAUACAAUAAAAAUUACCAGGCAGGGUGCCUGGGUGGCUCAGUCCCUUAAGCAUUGGACUUUGGCUCAGGUCAUGAUCUCGUGGUUCGUGAGUUCAAGCCCCGCAUUGGGCUCUGUGCUGACAGCUCAGAGCCUGGAGCCUGCUUCGGAUUCUGACCCCCUCUUUCUUUCUGCCCCUCCCCUGCUUAUGCUCUCUUUCAAAAAUAAAUUUAAAAAACAUUAAAAAAAAUUUAAAAACCUUAAAAAAUACUAUCAGGCAUACAGAGAAGCAAGAAAAUAUGAUAUUAACCAGGAAAAAAAUCAGUCAAUAGAAACAGACCCAAAAAUAACAGAUGAUGGAAUUCGCAGACAAGGACAUUAAAAUAACUGUUACAUGGAAGUCACACAUAUUCAAAAAUGUAGAGGAAAAUGAGUGAAAUGAGAGAUAUGAAAAGAAAGACUGAAAUAAAACUUCCAGAUGAAAAAUACUGUAUCUGAAAUGAAAAAUGCAGUAGAGAGAUUAAUAGCAGGUUGGCACUACAGAAAAGGUCAUUGAACUUCAAGACUUAGCAAUAGAAACAAUCCAAAAUACAGCAAAAAGAAUAGAGAAGACUGAAGAGAAUAACAGAGCAUUUAGGGACCUGUGAGACAAAACCACCUGCUCCAAGAUAUGUGUAAUUGGGGUUCCAGGAGAGGAGGGAAUGGAAACAACAUUUGAAGGAAUAAUGGCUGAAAAAAAAUUAAAAAUUUGAUGAAAACUAUAAACCACAAAGCUCAAAAAUCCCAAAUAGAGUACACAAAACCAUACCGACAUACUGCAACAUCCAAUUCCUGAAAAACCAGUGAUAAAGAGAAAAAAAAAAAGCCCAAAACUUAAAAAGCAGUGAGAAGAAAAGACAUUACAGAGGAACAAAGAUAGAAAUGGCAGCUGGCUUCUGGUCCGAUUUGUGCUAGCCAAAAGACAACAGAAUGACAUGUUUAAAGUACCAAAAGAAAAACCUGUUAGUUUAGAAUUCUGUGCCCAGAGAAAAUAUCUUCUAGAAAUAAAAGUGAAAUCAAAAUUUCUAGGCCAAGAAAAGCUGACAGAUUUUAUUGCCAGCAGAACUGCAUGCACUACAAGAAAAAAAUUCUUUUAAUGUUUGUUUAUUUUUGAGAAAGGGAGUGCAAGUGGGGAAGGGGCAGAGAGAAAGGGGACAGAGGAUCUGAAGCCGGCUCUGUGCUCACAGCAGUGAGUCAGAUGCGGGGCUUAAACUCCCUAACUGUGAGAUCAUGACUGAGCCAAAGUCUGUGCUCAACCCACUGAGCCCCCCAGGCGUGCCUACGCUUCAAGAAAUUUUUUAAGGAAGUUCAGGUAGAAGGAAAUGAUACCAGAUGGAAAUUUUUACAGAAAGGAAUGAAAAGAACCAGAAAUGGUCAAUUCUCACUUCUAAUUGCUUUUUUUUUUUUUUUUUUUGGCUAUUUUGGAGCGCCUGGUGGCUCGCUCAGUUAAGCAUUCAACUGUUCAUUUCAGCACAGGUCAUGAUCUCACAGUUUCGAGUGUUCGAGCCCCACAUCGGGCUCUGUGCGGGUGCCAAGCCUGCUUGGGAUUGUUCCUCUCCCUACUUCUCCCCUGCUUUCUCUGUCUCUCUCAAAAUAAAUAGACUUUCAAAAUAAUAAUAAGAAAAUAAAAAUAGGCUAUUUAAAGCAAAAAUAACAGUGUAAUGUGGGACUUCUUAUACUUGCAGAGGUAAAUAAAUGAAAACUGCACAAAAGACGGGAGAGGAGAAACAGAAAUAUGGUGUUACUAUAUGCUUAAAGUGGUGUAAUAGUAUUUGCAGGUAAACUGUAGUAAGUCAAAGGUGACUGUCAUAUCCAGGAUAAUCUGUCAUCAGUGGGAAUGAAAGAAAAUAUUAAUGCCAAUAUCAGGGAUGUAAAAGAGGGUAUCACUACAGAUCCUACAGACGUUGAAAGGGUAAGAAGGGUAAAAUUGUGAAUCAUUUUGUGCCAAUAAAUUUGACAAAAUGAAAACAUUCCUUGAAAAACACAAACCACCAAAGCUCACUCGAAGAAAUAUAUAACCUUCAUAACCGUAUUUAUUAAAGAAAUUGAAUUUGUAAUUAAACUCCUUACCUCAAAGAACACUCCAGACCCAAAUGACUUCACUGGUGAAUUGUAUUAAACACUUAUAGAAGAAGGAAUACUAAUCAGACAAAAACUUUUUUAGAAAAUUGAGGAGGAGGAAACGCUUCCUAUCUCAUUCUACGAGGCCAGCACUGCUCUGAAAGCAAAACUAGACAAAGACAUUGUAAUAAAGGAAAACCACCAAGUGUAUUUGUUGUACACGCAUGUCUCCCAUGAACUUUAGCAAAUAUAAUCCAUGUAGAAACAUAAAAAGGAUAUUACAUAACAAUCAAAUAAGGUUUAUCUCAGAGUGAAAAAUUGGUUUAACACUGGAAAAUCAAUCAGUGUAAUCCACAUCAUGAUAGAUCAAAAAAAGGAAAAUGAAAGUGAAGCACAGAGAUAGAAGUAUGGGGAACGCAAAGGAAGGCAGGAGACUCGGAGGAGGUAGUGAAGUCUGACGUACGUGUAAUUGGGUUCUGGGAGUAGAGGACACGGAUGGUGCAGAGCAGUGUUUGAGAAGAAAACGGUUGACAGUGUUCCAGGAACUUGAAACAAUCCAAACCGUAGUUUUAAGAUGUUCAACAAACGACUGGCAGGAUACCCUAAGCAAAAAGAAAUCCCACAGCCAAACACAGGGUAGUGGAGCACAUGAUUGCCUACCGAGGCACAACAGGCCGCUUCCCGACACCAGCAGUGAAAGCCAAAAAGCACUAGGAGUGAUACCUUCACUACACAACAGGAAAGGAUUCUCCAUCUAACAAAAAUGAAGGUCACCUAAGAUGUUAAUAAUGACAAAAAUACGUGCACAUAUGUAAACACAGCGGUAGGACAUACGUUGGCAGUGUGAUGAAUGGAGUUAGUAUUUUAAAGUCCUUGCUGUCCAAGAGAAGGGGAGAGAUACCGCAGUGGCCUUUAAGAGCCUGCACAUCACAUUGUAUUUCUAAAGUAAUCAUAAGAAGAAUAAAAACCAGACACGUGACUUCUAGAUUACUAGGGAGCAGAGGUUGGAAUGGUAACAAUCCAAAAGAAGGCAAAUAGAAAAGCCUCUGGUAGGUUGGGUUGGGAUUAAAAAAGGAAAGAAAGCCCCAGGUACAAUGGUAGAAUUAAAUCUACCUAGGUGUAUGUAAUGGCUUCCAAUGCGAAUAGAGUAAAUUUUCCAUUUAGAAGACGAAGAUACCAAGAUUUUUUUUUUAAUAAGGUGUUUAAAAAAUCCAACUAUAUACUGUUUACAAGACAUUCAUCUAUAAGGAUUAAGAAAUGUUGAAAGUAAAAUGAUGAAAAAAAUAAACUAUGCAAACACCAAAAAUAAGAUCAUAUAGUGUCAGACAAAAUAUACUUUAAGGCAAAGAGCAGGACUAGAGUGUUACUAGAAUGUCAUUAACACGUGUCAUUUCACAUUAAACAGUGGGCAACUCUGAUUCCUGUAACAAAAUAAGUAGCUUAUUACAAACAAGUCUGUUUCUUGCUCACACAAGAUGUCCUAGUUGGCAGAUUGCUUUCCACGUGUUCAGGUACUUUGGGGAAGAGAGAAUCUCUUUGAGUUCCAGAGGAGGAAGAAAAGACUUCAUUAAUUUUGACUUUGUAUGUUCACAGGGAUGAACCAACUCUGCCCAGGGACUAGGAUGCUCAACUGGCACACGUCCCCCUAUGCCUGGGGGUUGGAGUCAGUGUCUCUGGAGGCUGGUGGACUGAGGUAAGAGACUCCACUACAUUCUGUGAAGAAGGAUAAGACUGACACCGCCUUGCUUCUUUCUCUGUUGAAAUCUCUUCCUCCCUGAUCGAGCUUUGGUGUAUCUUCUUACAGCAUAUGACACACGGAAUCUCUCCUUCCUGACAUGGAGUCAAGUAAAAAGAUGGAAUCCCCCGGCACGCUGCAGACGAACCCGCCGCUGAAGCUGCACCCUGACCGCGGCGCCGGGACGUCCGUGUUCGUCCCCGAGCAAGGAGGUUACAAAGAAAGGUUUGUGAAGACCGUGGAGGACAAGUACAAGUGCGAGAAGUGCCGCCUGGUGCUGUGUAACCCGAAGCAGACGGAGUGCGGACACCGGUUCUGUGAGACCUGCAUGGCGGCCCUGCUGAGCUCCUCCAGCCCAAAAUGUACCGCGUGUCAAGAAGGCAUCAUCAAAGAUAAGGUGUUUAAGGAUAAUUGCUGCAAGAGAGAGAUUCUGGCUCUUCAGAUCUACUGCAGGAACGAGGGCGGGGGCUGCACGGAGCAGUUGACCCUGGGACACCUGCUGGUGCAUUUAAAGAACGAUUGCCAGUUUGAAGAGCUGUCGUGUGUCCGCGCUGACUGCAAAGAGAAAGUGUUGAGGAGAGACCUGCGUGACCACGUGGAAAAGGCCUGCAAGUACCGGGAGGCCACGUGCAGCCACUGCAAAAGUCAGGUCCCGAUGAUCACACUGCAGAAACACGAAGACACUGAGUGUCCCUGUGUGGUGGUGUCCUGCCCCCAUAAGUGCAGUGUCCAGACCCUUCUGAGGAGUGAGUUGAGUGCGCACUUGUCAGAGUGCGUCAAUGCCCCCAGCACCUGUAGUUUUAAGCGCUAUGGCUGCGUGUUUCAGGGGACAAACCAGCAGAUUAAGGCCCAUGAGGCCAGCUCCGCGGUGCAGCACGUCAACUUACUGAAAGAGUGGAGUAAUUCUCUGGAGAAAAAGGUUUCCUUGCUACAGAAUGAAAGUGUAGAAAAAAACAAGAGCAUACAAAGUCUGCACAAUCAGAUAUGUAGCUUUGAAAUUGAAAUUGAGAGACAAAAGGAAAUGCUUCGAAAUAAUGAAUCCAAAAUACUUCAUUUACAGCGGGUAAUAGACAGCCAGGCGGAGAAAUUGAAAGAGCUUGACAAAGAGAUCCGCCCGUUCCGGCAGAACUGGGAAGAAGCGGACAGCAUGAAGAGCAGCGUGGAAUCCCUCCAGAACCGAGUGACCGAGCUAGAGAGUGUGGACAAAAGCGCCGGGCAGGCGGCUCGGAACACAGGCUUGCUGGAGUCCCAGCUGAGCCGGCACGACCAGAUGCUGAGCGUCCACGACAUCCGCCUGGCCGACAUGGAUCUGCGCUUCCAGGUCCUGGAGACCGCCAGCUACAAUGGCGUGCUGAUCUGGAAGAUCCGAGAUUACAAGCGGCGGAAGCAGGAAGCCGUCAUGGGGAAGACCCUGUCCCUUUACAGCCAGCCUUUCUACACGGGCUAUUUUGGCUAUAAGAUGUGUGCCAGGGUCUACCUGAACGGGGAUGGCAUGGGCAAGGGGACGCAUCUGUCGCUGUUUUUUGUCAUCAUGCGCGGAGAAUACGAUGCCCUGCUUCCUUGGCCGUUCAAGCAGAAAGUGACACUCAUGCUGAUGGAUCAGGGGUCCUCUCGGCGUCACCUGGGAGACGCGUUCAAGCCGGACCCCAACAGCAGCAGCUUCAAGAAACCCACCGGGGAGAUGAAUAUCGCCUCCGGCUGCCCGGUGUUUGUGGCCCAAACUGUGCUAGAAAACGGGACAUAUAUUAAAGAUGAUACCAUUUUUAUUAAAGUCAUAGUGGAUACUUCGGAUCUGCCUGACCCCUGACAAGUCACUGGGGAGGUGGGUUGAGCAGAAGGCAACUCCUCUGGGGGGUUUGAACCGGCUGUCUCCACCGAGGUCCUCGCGCUCAGAAAAGGACCUUGUGGAACGGAGGAAGCAGCAGAAGGUGGCCGCGGGCCGGCGGGAGGAGCCGCGUGUGAGGACACACCCGACAUGUUUUCUAAUAGACUAGCAGCUCCACUCUGAAGAAUUAUUUAUCCUCCAACGUGAUAGAUACUGCUGUCAGAGAAGGUUUUCAUUUCAUUUUUAAAGAUCUAGUUAAUUAAGGUGGAACACAUAUAUGCUAAACAAAAGAACCAUGGUUUUUUCUUCCUUAAACUUGAACACCAAAAAAAGAAAACACACGCACACGCACACGCACACACCUGGGGACAGCUGGACAUGUCAGCAUGUUAAGUAAAAGAAGAAUUUAUGAGAUAAUAAUGCAAUUCUAAUAUAUUCUAAAAUUCAAGAGUGCAAUCUUGUUUCAAAUAUAGUAUACUGUCUAUUUUUAAGGCCUCAUCUGGUCUCUGUUUUAAUAAUUUGUUUGUCAGAAGACCCUGAAGUACACCUAGGUCUUUUUUGGAAGUCUGAAUUCAGAAUCAUUUUUUAAUUUGAAGUUCUAAGAUAAUUGUUACUGCAGACAUUUUGUUUUAAAACGUUGAUAGACUGAUAUUUCUUGGCAGAAAAUGUAAACUAUCAAACGCUGGUUAUCACUUGUGAUAGGAAAGAGCAUACUCAACCUGCUGUAUUUCUCGUUAGAAAUGUAACCUUCAAUCUCUGUCGUAGUUAAUGACACUACUUCAAAAUUAUUACGAAAGGGAAACUGCUCAUGGAUGCUGUGCAUCAUUUUCAGAUUUAUAAUUGUUUUCACCCUAAAAUAGGGCAUUUGUUGAACUUUGGAGUUCUAAACAAAAUCCUGUAGGCUUUUAAAAUUCUGCCCCACGUAUUCAGACACGCUCUCUGUUGCUGACAACUCUGGCCUUCGGCGUCCAGGGUCCGGGGGUGGGCAGGUGGCUCGUGCUGAAGGAGGCCACAGCAGGUGUGUUUUUCUUCAUCCUGUCACAUUGCUGCAUUCUGUUAACGAUCUCCAAAGGCGACAUCUUUGCAUAGAGGUGGUGGCAUACUGUCUAUGUGCCUUAGAUGUGACAUGCUGCUUCUCGACCCUGGCUUUGUGUUCACUGUAACUCUAGAAGGUGAUAGUUUGACCCGGCGUUCCUCUCGACCACUAGACCCCUGCCUCUGCAAGGGCCCUCAGACAGCCCCGUGCCUGCUGAGGAAGCCAGGCUCAGCUUCCGCUUCUGGAGCCUCCACUGCUCAGUCAUCACAGAUUCCAAGUCUCUGGGCCCCCAGAGCGAGCCGCCUGGUCCCAGCACGGGCGCGGUCCCACCCCCAGGGCAGGAGCGGGGCAGCCACCGCGCCUCUCCGUGUCCCCGCCUGGGCCGUGGGCGCCCACCCGCCACGAAGCAGAACCCUCUGAGCAUUCCAGAGACCGCCGCUCUCGGGGGGGCCUGCCCAGGCUGACGGACGGGGUCCUGGAACCACCGCUCCCUCCGGAAGGGUGGCCCGGGGACCGUCCCAGCCUGCGCCUGCCCAGACGGCAUCUUCUCAGCUCACUCACUGUUUACCUUCUUUCAAUGGUCCAACUGUGACUAGAAGCCGGAGCCCUGCCUCCCUGCGCCCCCCGCUGUGCGCCGCGCUUCUGGGUGCUCUUACCACUGAUGGGUGCUACACGUGACGGGUGCUCCUUGGGCUAAACCAGUGUGUGUGAACCACCGCAUCUGGGCCGCGCACCUCAGACUGCCUGCCUCUGGGCUCCCCCGUGCUCACGCGGGGACGGUUGGGCUGGUGCCCGGUGGCCCGCCGUGUCUCUGGUGCUGCCAUCUGCCCUGGGCGUGCCUCCGCCCCAGUGCCUGCUGGAAGUGCCCUCCUAGCGCACGCCGUCCCCUUCCGUAAGUGACCUCAUCGGUUCCAAGCACCUGCCACGCCCGUUAGCAGUUAAGUGCUCGGCUAUUCAUCUCCUUUACUUUCCCCACCCUGCCCCCACCCCCAUUGCUUUGAGGGCCAGUCUGCCUCCUCCGUCCUGUCCAGAAGGAGUCGUGAGUCCCCGUGCAGAGAGGAAGGACUACCCGUGGGUGCUGCGGGACCGCUGUCCCUCAAAGGUGUUCCCGACCUCCUCCAGACCUUGCCCUGGUUCUACCCCGGAGACCCAGGGGAGACAGGACGCCUGGCAGCCCCUCCUGCCUGGCCUCAGGUGGCUUUCCUGAGGCCAGGGGUUACCAGCGGGGACAUGCCUGUGGCAUGCCUGCGUCCUCCCCCAUCACUAAGAGUGUGGACAAUAGUAACACAUUUGAGAUAAAAGCAACCUCUUGGUCUGGUAAAACAACAACAACAACAACAACAACAACAGUUCUUUGCCUCUCCUGGUUGAAAUUCUUCUGGGGGUGGGCUACCUGGAAUCACUUCUGGAAGCAUCUGUCCCUUGGUGGGGGGCGCUUUCCCAGUCGCCCCUCCCACACACGCUCCUAGUGGGAGAUGACGGGCCCUUUGGGCCUCCUCCCGAGGAGCCCAUAGGACGUGGCAUCAGGAGCUGGCGCCAUCCCCUGGGGUGAGGAUGUGCAGAAGCCUCAUCUUGUGGCUUGAAAAUAAUUGGCGACAGCGGGGGGGUGGGUCGUGUGCCUUUCGGCCACCGUUUGGUGCACAUCUUCCCUCUCGCGCACUUGUCCGGAGAGCGGCCUCCCGAAGGACCCGAGUUCGAGGACCUGCCCGGAUGGACGCACCUGGCAUUGCUUCCAUCCUGACUCCUCGGUGCCCCGGUUUGGUGCUCGCCGCCCGGCGCCGGCCUCCGGCUGUGGUCCCCGAGCGGCCAACCCUCCCGGCUUCCCAGGGUCCCAGCAACAAGAGAACGGUGUCCUACGCGGCGUGUAUUGGGUGCACUUUUCCUGUUUCCUAAAAGUGACAGAUUUCCCCAUGGGAUAAAACUGUUCCAGCGCUUUAGAAAAACCACCACCGAGUCUUGCGUGUGAAUCAAGCCAGUCGGCUUCCCUGUCAGCCUCGUGCCGGAAAUGAAGACAACUCACUGUCUCUGCUUGCCUCGUGUGGUUCUCUGGACGCGUGCCGCUCACUCCUGCGCGGACCGUGGAGGCUGCUGGGGGGCUGGCGGCCCGGGGCUGGGCUUGUCGGUGAUGGGUGGGCACCUGCUGGGGAGCACACGGUGUGGUGGGCGUGAGUGAGGGGCCUGCCCCAAGAGGCUGGGAGUCUUUGAGUGGCGGAGUGGCAUUUGGCUCUUGGGGAUUAGACCGGCCCCGGGGAGGCUGGAGUCCCCUCACCUGGGCCUCUUCUAGAAGUUCGGUUUUUCAGUGUCCUAGGUUCAUAGGUAACACAGAGGAGACAGGAACGCUCGCAAAUUGUUCUUCUAAGACCUGUCCUACAAGAGGGUGGCGCUGACCCCCUGAGGGUGGGUCGCUGUGCAGGUGGACAGGGAAGGCCUCGUGGGGGCCACUGUUGUGGCCCCAAUUCACAGCCUCCUCCCGGAGCAGCCUUUGCGAGGCAGCAGGUAGAGCAAGGGAGCUCUCGGCCCAGAUGCGCCUUUCUUUUCCUGCCCGAUCCAGUUUUUCCUCGCCUUGUGACCCCAGAGGGCCGUGGAGUACAGGAAGCCUGUCCUCCGUGGCGGCCACCCCCACCAGGCCCUUCAGAUGCUGCCCAGAUUCCAGGGGGCUCUCUGGCAGAGCCGAUGCCCCCGAGGCUUCCCCUGUACCACUGCGGCCCACCUUGGUGAGGCGGGGUCCUUGGCCACCCACGCUGGGGCCACAUGUCCCAGGUGAGGCCUGCAGCUGUCAUCAGCAGGCAGUGUCAUGGCCACCGGUGGCAGGCCUGGCAUCCUGCAGCCAGCAGGGGACGGGGUGUCUGGACAGACCCUUAAACACGGCAGGUUCCCGUGGUGGGUCAUUUCUUUGUCUGCCCAAGGGAGGUGGGCAGAGUGGCAGAACCCACCCGCCCCCAACUCACAUCCCGGGGGGUGCACACCACCUCCCUACUCUGUGCGUGAAGGAGGGGGGACACUGUCCUUCUGUGCCCAUCACGGACGUGUCUGGCUCCCGGCCUCUCCGCCAGUGUUCACGGGGCCGGUCAGGAGCCGCACUCCUCCUGGGACCUCGUGCCCCAACCUCAGCCCUCCAAGGGAAGUCCCUCUUCUCUGGGUCAGCAGAGCUGUUCAAUACUGUUUUCUUCCUUCUGGUCCAGACCUUUCUCAGAGUGCGGAGGAGAGCCGGGGGGAGCCCCUUCCUUUUGUGAGCAUGUGGGAGGUGAAUGAGGGGUCUGUCGCCCAAAUCUGCCUGUCAGCCCGAGACCAUGGUUCUGUCUUCCAUUUGCAAAUCCCGACAGCUUUAUUUUCUCCAAAAUAGAAUUAUGUCCACUGGGGCCGAAGUCGGGUGAGGGCCGUGUGUGGCUCCGGUGUCGGCGGGUGACCUGGUCAUCGGUACUGUCUGGCCGGGCAGGGCAGGCCGUCACCGGGGAGCCGGGGCCAGCGGGGGGUGGGGGUCCCCGGGGGGUGCUGCCCCCUGGCCUCCCGUGGCCCACGUGCGCGGAGGUGGCCGGUCUGGUGUGGGGAGGCCCUGGUGGCGCCGAGCAGUGCUUGCCUUUCAUUUCCGCUGCUGCAUCUUGAGUCUCGCGAACUGUCGCAUUGGAAGAGGGUCAAGUCCGGGAUGGCUGUGCCACUCCUGCCGUUAGUGGUGAUUGGUUUUUAUAACUCAGUCCCCCAUUAGACAAGUAAGAUAACCUUCAACAGCAAACUGACUUAAUUGGUAAACACAAACGCCGGCAUUAUUUCCAAGGAUUUCUACAAGAAUUACCUAUAGAAUAGCAUCUGUGAUCACAGAAGUGUGUGAACCCGUGUAGACAAUUGUGUGACAUUGUUAGAGCCGCAAUCUCCCUGACGGCGCACCUCUUCGUCCAGUUCUGUUACCCAAAAACAAAGACCAAAGAAGGCCAAUCUCUCAUUUGACUCUGUAUUUUUAACCCGCCUGUUUUAAAAAUUGCCGUCUGUAGUAACCGCUCGCUGUGAGGCCCCAUCUUGACACUCCAAGUGAUUGUGACCAGUGAUUCACGUCCUGUUUUUCUGCUCUUCUAAAAAAAAAAACAACAAAAAGACAGUAUAAGUUAUUGCUCAGCAAUAAUCAUGUUGUUCAUGUGAAUUAACAACAUGUCUGGUUUUCUGAUAGCAUUAUUAUGUUUUAUAUUUUUGUUUACUGUAUAUUGUGUGUGGUUUUAUUUGGUAUUUAUUUGUGUUUUGAGGUCUUGCGAUGUUUUUGUGUUUCUGAUGCUAAUAACUAAAGUUUGUAAGAGUGUAGAAUGCAAAACUUGGAAAUGCUCAACUGUCUGAUUAGAGGAAAAUAAAUCUGAC